AGUUUUAAGAGUUUCUGAGUUUCCUCUUCAAGAUUUCAAUCAACAACAGGGUAAGGCACAAAUGGGUUUGGAAACAUGGAAGGAAAGAGGUCGGCAGCUUUUGAAGUACUUGCAGACACCAUUCCUGAAAGAAUCAUUCUAUAUCAUCACCCUCUCCCUUCUCAGCCUCAUCCUUCCACUCGCCUUUCUCCUAUUAGCCAGGCUCGCCAAUGUCCAUUACAUCCUUUCCUCCACAUCUCUACCACUUUCCUCCUUGUUCCCACUCUCCUUCUUUUACACCAACACAAACCUUCUUCACCUUUUUGUUUCCUCCAUCAGUGUCACCUCUCUUCUCAGGACUUUGAUGGGUCACUUUGAUUUCACCUUAUUCAGGAACAGCAACAGCAAGACCACCUCCCAUGCCCACCUCUACGCCGCCUGGACUUUCCUCUGCACCUUCCAUAUCUGUGUUGUAUUAGGCAUUGAAGGGACAAUGGCUUCUGGGCUUUGGACCGUUGACUUGGAUGUGAUCGGCGAAGGCAGUUAUAGGAACUUGAUGAGUCGGGUUGUGUUCUUCAUAGGAUUGCACGAAACUAUGCUUCAUUGGUCCAGAACCAUUGUGAGACCGGUGGUGGAUGAUACAGUGUUUGGGGUUGUGAGGAAGGAAAAGUGGGUAGAGAGGGUGGCUAUGGCUGCUAGCUUUAGUGGGUUGUGGUGGUGGGGUCUGAGGACCGAGGUGGAGGCAUUGGUGGUCAUCCUUGAGGUCAAACGAGAACUGUGGAUGCAAGUGGAACUCGCUGAUCUUGUUAAUUGCUGGCUCUAUUACCUCACAGUAACGAUUGCCUUGGUUAGGCUCAUCAAAGGCUUCGUUUGGUUCAUUAACCUCAUGUUCUGCAGAGGCCUUCCAAGAAGCUCCGGUAGCUCCGGCGCGGAUGAUGAUGACGAUAGCAAGGUCUAAAUCUACCGUAGAUACGAUCCUGAUUCU